AUGGAGGAAGAUGAUUUUUUUGCUUUCUUUAUUUCUUUCUUGCUUUCUUUCUUCCUUUCUUUCUUUCUUUCUUUCUUGCUUUCUUUAUUCCUUUCUUUCUUUCUUUCUUUCUUUCUUUCUUUCUUUCUUUCUUUCUUUCUUGCUUGCUUGCUUUCUUUCUUUCUUCCUUCCUUCCUUUCUUUCUUUCUUUCACUAUUAAUUUCUUUUUCUUUCUUUUUUCUUUCUUUUUCUUUAAAAUACUUAGUCUGUUUUUCUCUAUCUUUUAAAAAAAAAUACUUAUUACUGCUUGCUUUCUUUCUUUCUUUCUUGCUUUUUUUUUUUGCUUUUUUUCUUUUCUUUUUGCUUUUUUUUUCUUUUCUUUUUUUUUCUUUCUUUCUUUUCUUUCUUUCUUUUUUUUUCUUUUUUUUUUUCCUGUCUUUCUUGCUUUCUUUUUUCUUUCUUUCUUCCUGUCUUUCUUUCUUUCUUUCUUUCUUUCUUCCUUUCUUUCUUUCAUUCUUUCUUUCUUUCUUUCUUUCUUUCUUUCUUUCUUCCACUAUUAAUUUCUUUCUCUUUCUUUUUUCUUUCUUUUUCUUUGUCUUAUUUAUUACUUUUUCUUUCUUUUCUUCUUUCAUUUUCUUUAAAUACUUAUUACUCUGUUUUUCUGUAUCCUUUUUAAAAAAAUACUUAUUACAGUUUCUUUCUUUCUCUUUCUUUAACAUAAUUAUUACUGUUUUUCUUUCAUUAUUCUUUCUUUCAUUCUUUCUUUCAUUUUCACUUAUCGCUCUGUUUUUCUUUCUUUCCUUCUUUUUUCUUACUUUUUCUUUAAAAUACUUAUUACUCUGUUUUUCUCUAUCUUUUAAAAAAAUACUUAUCACUAUUAGUCUCUUUCUUUUAAAUACUUAUUACUUUUUUCUCUCAUUUUUUCUUUCUUUCUUUCUUUUUAAUACAUAUAACAAUUUUCCCCUCUUUUCUUUAAGAUACUUAUCGUCCUGUUCUUUCUUUCUUUCUUUCUUUCUUUCUUUCUUUCCUGAUUUCUAUGCUUUUAAAACUCUUCCUUAA